UGAGUGCUUCCGGUUAAGUGACGUUUUUGUGUGUGUUUUUUUUACGUGUGUGUGGAUAAGUAAUAAAUUAUAAUCUAAUUAAAACUAUAACUAUAUUAAUCUAUGGUUAAACUGGAUACUGAGGUAUAUCAGACUCAGAGAGGCAAUAAGAAAUCUUUCUACUGUAAAAUAUUCAACACGACUUCGGGGAAAAUAAAGAACUGCAGUGUGAAGCGAUGUUAAAAACAGCGAGGAUCACAAACUUCCUCUAAAAUGGUCUAAAUGUAUUCUGACAAAAUAAUGAAACCCACGCGUCUGAAACUUCUUUUGAACAUAUUCGGUAUCUGUGCUACUUUCACAUAUGGAGAGAAAUGUGGACAAAGUGAAUAUCUAUCAGCAGCUGACGAAUGCUGUCCUAUGUGUGCUAUGGGAUUAUUGUGGAUCCAGAAGCCAAUCCUGAUAAUACUGGGGGUAUGGCAGGGAUACAUUCUGGAUGGGAUGCCAGUCUGUCACAGGGCAUCUCAUUCACACGAUCAGUGGUUAUGAAAGACUGCCAUGGUGAUUACAGUACAAGAUGCAAACCUUGUUCUAAAGGAACAUUUAUGAAUGAACCAAAUGGGCUACAUGCCUGCUUUCAGUGUAAAAUCUGUGAAAACGGCUUUUAUAUUUCACAAGACUGUACAACAAUGCAGGAUACAGUUUGUGGGGUGUUGGAUGGAUUUUAUUGCAUUCGUUAUUCAGAUGAGAAAAGAGAUUGUUCACUUGCAAUAAAACACAGUAAAUGCAAACCUGGGGAACAAAUAAAAACUCCAGGUACAAAGGCAUCAGAUACCGUUUGUGAGCCCUGUUCUCCAGGGUUUUAUUCUCCUGAAGGUGUGAACUGCUCUAAAUGGACAGACUGUUCAGCCAGAAAUGAGAUUGAGGACGAAGAAGGCACUUCCAUUAGAGAUGUUCAAUGCAAACCAAGAAACUGGAAUAUGAGAUAUGGCCUCAUAGCAGUUUUACUCACGGCUGCAGUUGCACUUUUGCUUGUAGUAUUAUACUUGAAGUACAGGCUAGAAAUUAAAAGUACCAGAACCUUAAAUAGUCCUGUAGAGGAAACAGGCCCUCAAACUUCAGUAUUUGCCCCAUCAACCAGUCCACUGGCAGAAACACAGAAAACAGAAUCGCCAGAUCGCCAACCAGAUUCUAACAAGGAACACUUGGUGCAUGGGAAUAUAUUGUGAACUAAUUCAUAAGAAUUUUGUGUUUCUUCCCAGAAGCUUUUAAAAUAUUCUUAUUUUUGGAGAAUCGCCAAAAAAUGUUUUUUAAGGAUAAUUGCUCCUAUGGUCUAUUGCCCCUUUUCCACCAAGGAAGUUUGAGUGCUCGUUCAGAGCCAGAGCCUAAUUUAAAAUCAGUUCUUUCUUUUUCGACACCCAAAGCACCGGCUCUGAACCAGGAAAAGUGGUUGUGUCAGGGGUUGGGCGCGGGGUUACUGUGACCAACAAGACAAAAGAGAACGUUGUUGGCACCAUUUUUAAAACAGGAUGUCAAUGUAGGUUUGCAAAGCCAUGAGCAUUAACACUAAAGCAACAUUGUUGCUAUUGUUGAUGUUGUGUUUGUGUUUGCGCACUGCUUCUAGUUGAAAUUUUCACAGUGAACACACCGCUUACACUGUUUAAACUACUAACCGACCCACCCUGUGUUUUUGCUUUUUAGGGAAUGUCUAAAUAUUGCCCGUUGUAAUUUAAAUUGUGUUACUUUUCUAACACUAAUUUUGUAACCUUUAUUUUGUUUUUUUAUACAUUGAAACAAGCAUUAAACCAAUAUACAUCUUUUCAUAUUUAUUUAUUUUUUUUGUCAGUGUCAUAACAUUGAGAUAUUGUGUACAUUUUCUCUGAAGAAUCAUUUCAAAGCAAUAGCCUUAAAAUCACCUCCACUAUUUUACCAUUCUUACUUAAGAUUGCUGGAAAUUGUAUAUUAUAUUGAAAUCUCCAUAUUUUUAUAACUUGGAACCUUUUUUUACCAUGGCCAAUUUACUAUUUUAAAUCUAUUUUUAUUUAAAAUUAAAUCACUUAAAAGCUUUCAUUGAAGGUCAUAUCAUUUCAUUUUAAAAGAGAAGCCUUCUUGUAGCAUUUAACAAGCUAAAGUUAUUGAUCAAAGCUAUUGCAAGUAAAUUAGAUCUGGAAAACAGCAUGUCCUCAUUCAACUGAAUACAUACAGUGGUGUGAAAAAGUGUUUGCACCCUUCCUGAUUUUUUUUUUGUUUGUCACACUUUAAUGUUUCAGAUCAUCAAACAAAUUUAAAUAUUAGUCAAAGAUAACACAAACACAACAUGUUUUUAUUAUUAAGGGAAAACAAAAUCCAAACCUACAUGGCCCUGUGUGAAAAAGUGCGUGCCCCCUAAACCUAAUAACUGGUUGGGCCACCCUUAGCAGCAAGAGCUGCAAUAAAGCGUUUGCAAAAACUUCCAAUGAGUCUGUUACAGCACUGUGGAGGAAUUUUGGUCCACUCAUCUUUUCAGAAUUGUUGUAAUUCAGCCACAUUGGAGGGUUUUCGAGCACAAACCACCUUUUUAAGGUCUUAUACUAUGGGCCACUUCAAGUCUUCAUUUUGUUUUUCUUCAGCCAUUUAGAGGUGACAAACACUUUUUCACACCACUGUAUUUACAAACUCAGUAACACAGCAUAAAUGAUCGUUUGAAUACAAGUUGGGUUGGACAAUUUGAACCCAACUACUUUUAUAGUGUGUUGUUAAAAACUAAUAUGCCUUUCAAGUUUUCUGUACAAUAAUUUCUUUAUUUUUUAUUUUGCUGUUAAAUGCUUUAAUAUGAUUGUUGUGUAGGCAUGGGUGUAGAUUUGGUUUGGACAUGGUUGGGCAGGGUUUAAAGUAUAAAAUGGGUAUGUUUCUUGAUAUUUUUCGAAUGAUAUUAAAAAAACUUCUUAUA